AUGAAUGCCUGUCAUUCCGGUGUAGACACUUCAAAGUUGCGGGUCACCGCCUCCGCAUCCGCCGCAGCAGACUUUGUCGCCCCGAGGGCCUGUCGGUGUUGGAAAGUUGUACAAAUCUCAACGAUACACCACGUCGACACUCGUUCUCCACCCAGAUCUUUCAACAGGCGAUUCAAAAGAGCACAUAAUAAGAUGAGUGAUUGGGAAGCAAGUGAUCACGAAGAGACGCCGAAUCCGGUGGUCUCAGCGGCAGCGGUAUCGGCGAUUAAGAAGAACAAGUGGGCGGAUGAAGACGCGGAUGAGGAUGUGAAAGAUGACUGGGAGGCGUCGGAGUCAGAAGACGAGAAGAAUAAGAACGAGCCGGCAAAGCCUAAAGGACCCGUCCGAAACAAAGGGAUCACGAAAAUGAAGAUUGCUGAGAAGGAGGCCGAGGAAGCUUUACGGUUGGCUGAACAAGAAGCUUUGGCUCAGCAGGCUGCCGACCCUGUCUUGAGGAAAAAACUCGAACAGACUCGGACUAUUCAGUCUGAUAUGGAAAACGCUCGGGGCUUGUUUGGUGAUGCGGUAGUCUCGAAUCCGAGUACUUCUGAAGACCCUAUGAAGAUGGAUCCAAAAACAAAGGCUGAUUUCGAGACGAUGUCGAGUGCGUUGGCCCAACUGAUCGUUUCAAAGCACGGUAACAAGCCCCUGUAUCCACUAUUUGUCGAGCAUUUUUUCAGACAACUCUCCGAGCCACUUGGAGAUGUCCAAACGCGAAAAACGGCCUCGAUUCUGACGACGAUUGCCAACGAGAAGCAACGUGCAGCUAAGGAUGCCAAGAAGGGCAAAGGCAAGCUAAAACCGACCUUGGGCGGUGGUGGCGUGUCUGCCGUUGCCAAAGGUGGCCGAGGUGUCAAUGCCGAUCUGGAAGUUUACGAUCAAGCACUGGACGAUGAAUUUGAUGAUUUUAUGUAA